CAGAUCCAGCUGACACUAGCCAUUGAUUCUUUAUUCCAGGGCUGCCAGGAAAGUGGGAUCAGAAGUCCGGGGGCCAGGCUCUUGGAGGAGCGGCUGACGGAAUUGGGUCUGUCUAGCUUGGAGAACUGAAGGCUGGGAGAAACCAUCCAGAUGCCACAACUGUGAGAAGUGUGUUGCUCAAAUGCCAUGUCUUCCAAGACACCAGGAAGUCCUGCAAAGAGUUCAUCGCUUAUGGACCAGAAGAGACUUCACGCAGGAGAGAAACUGUACACAUGCCCGGAGUGUGAGAAAUGUUUUGCCCGAAAUGCAGACCUUGUGAGACACCAAAGAAUCCACACAGGGGAUAAACUGUAUAAAUGCCAGGAUUGUGAAGAAUGUUUUGUUCACCAUCAACAACUAGUAAGACACCAGUUAUCCCAUAGAGAAGACAAACCAUACAAGUGCCAGGAGUGUGGGAAAUGUUUUGCUCAGAAUGUCUACCUUGUGACCCACCAGAGGGUCCACACAGGAGAGAAACCAUUCAAAUGCCAAGACUGCGGGAGGUGUUUUGCUCAGACGUCCUGCCUUUUGAGACACCAGAGACUCCACACAGGAGAGAAACCAUACAGCUGCGAUGAAUGUGGGAAAAGUUUCGCUCACAGUUCGUCCCUUGUGUACCACAAGAGACUUCACACAGGAGAGAGGCCUUACACGUGCCAGGAGUGUGGGAAAACCUUUGCUCGGAACGCACACCUUGCGGGCCACAAGAGGAUCCACACAGGAGAGAAACGGUUUAAAUGCCAGGAGUGUGGGAAAUGUUUUGUUCACCAUCAGCAACUAGUAAGACACCAGUUAUUCCACACAGAAGAGAAAACAUACAUCUGCAGUGAAUGUGGAAAAUGUUUUGCUCAGUAUGAAUACCUUGUGACCCACCAGAGACUCCACACAGGAGAGAAACCACACAUCUGCAAGGAAUGUGGAGAGUGUUUUGCUCACGGGUCAUCUCUUGUGUACCACAAGAGACUUCACACAAGAGAAGAACCAUACAAAUGCGAGUAGAAUGGAAAAUAUUUUGCUCAGAAUGCAUACCUUGUGACCCAUCAGAGACUCCAUGGAGAUGCAUAAAAAUAAUAGGAGUGUUUGAAAUUCUCAGACUCACAAACGUGUCCAUAGAUAUAGUGAGUUUUCUCUUGCACUGGUGAAUAGUUCUUAGCAGUGAUAAAUUCUAGCUAAUGUUUGUUAAGUUCUCCUUUGUUAUAUUAUUAUUAUUAUUAUUAUUAUUAUUAUUAUUAUUAUUAUUAGAAACACAACAAGAUGAGUCCACAAUUAACAAGAUCACUCUACCGGCUGUUGUAUUGCCUCACACAUCGGACACUUCCCAAGUGUCUAGGACUGUGUGAUAUAUUGGCGAAUAAUACGUGCAUAUCCCAGUAAGGUGGCCUUCUGCAACUGGCAGAUGGUAAUUUUGUCAGCGCUGAUUGUGUUUAAGUACAGGACAAGGUCUUAAUGCACCACUGCACCCAAUGUGCUGAUCACCACUGGGACCACCUUGACUGGCUUGUGCCAGAGUCUUUGCAGUUCGAUCUUUAAAUCCUCAUAUCAUGCCAGCUUUUCCAGUUCUUUCUCUUCAAUCCUGCUGUCGCCUGGGAUUGCAACAUCGACAAUCCACACUCUGUUUUUUAACACGAUCCUGAGAUCAGGAGUAUUAUGCUCCAAAACUCUGUCUGUCUGAAUUCGGAAGUCCCAGAGUAGUUUGACAUGUUCAUUUUUUGUAACUUUUUCAGGCUUAUGAUCUCACCAGUUCUUUGUCACAGGCAGAUAGUAUUUGUGGCACAAGUUCUACUGAAUCAUCUUCUUGCAGCAGCUGAGGAUGUGAUCUAUUGUUUCAACUGCUUCCUUGGAGAGUCUAUUAUUAUUAUUAUUAUUAUUAUUAUUAGAAACACAACAAGAUUAGUACACAGCAGACAAGAUCACUCUGCUAGCUGUUGUAUUGGAUCACACGUCAGACUUUUCCCAAGUGUCUAGGACUGUGUGAUGUAUCAGCGGAUAAUGUGUGCAGAUCUGAGUAGGGUAGCCUUUUGCAGCUGACAGAGAGUAGUUUUGUCUGCGCUGAUUGUUUUCAAGUGCAGAUCAAGGUCUUUAGGCACUGCAUCCAGUGUGCUGAUGUCCACUGGGACCACCAUGGCUUGUGCCAUGAUGAUGAUGAUGAUUAUUAUUAUUAUUAUUACAGUGUUCCCUCGCUACUUCGCGAUUCGCUUUUCGCGCACUCGUUGUUUUGCGGUUUGUUAAUAAAUAUUAAUGUAAAAUA